AUGUUGUCGCAAAGUCAACCAACCAACGCCAAUGCUCUGUUGCACAGCAUGCGUGCACAAAUCUUGGUGUUAACCACGCAACUCACUGAGCUACAGGCACACCCUCCUGCAGCAACCCCCUCGGUGGAAAAGAAAUUCAACAAGAAAGUCAAAGUCGUCGCUGACCCUGGCGCCUUCAAUGGAGAAAGAGCGCAAUUCGCCGAAUGGUGGAUCAAACUCCAGAUUUGGGUCAAGGCAAAUUGGGAUGCAUUUGCCGAUGACUUUGAGGUAGCAACCGCAGUGCUGUCUCGACUAAAAGGACCUGUGGCGGGUCAAUACGCCCAAGUACGAAUGCAGGAGUGCUACACUGUGGGAGUGUGGCCUGUCUGGAAUGAUCUCAAAGUAGAGAUUAAAAAGUAUUUCAAACCACAAGCUGAGCAUGACUGGGCACGUCAGAAAAUCCGCUCCUUCAAACAAGGAAAUAUGAGGACGGAUGACUAUGUUACCCGGUUCCUGGCCCUCUCUAUCCAAGGGGGCUUAGGUAACGAACACGCAGUAGAGCUGCUGGAACGCAAUGUAAAUCCCCACCUUGCAGAACAGCUCUAUCUGCAGGAUAUGAGAAGUGACAACUUCUCCCAAGCAGCGGAGGAGGUUCAAAAAAUAGGUAGGGCCAUAGAGCUCUACAAGAUGCACCAAGGUGGCGGGACCACCACCAAAAACAACUAUUCCCAGAGGAGCCCUGGGUCAUCAAACCAAAAAUCACACCAUUCUCAUGGGUUCCAACCAUUUGGGUUCCAACCAGGGCGGGGUGCUCCCAUGGAUAUCGGCGCGGUCCAAGGUGGACAGAAGAGCAGAUUCACCUUUUUCAGCUGUGGACAGGAGGGGCACAUGGCCCAAGAUUGCAUAAACGGAGCGCGGGCCACUCAACAAAAAAAUAACCAAGGGCACCAGGCACACCAAUUAGAAGCCAAGAAACCGGAAGAUCAGCUUCAAACUCUAGCUGGUCGUUCAUACAACAAGAUCCGGGCUUUCUUCUAUGACCAACAGGUCAAUGAAAUGAAAGCUCAGGGAAAAGAGUUCGGAGCUUAG